AUAGUGGCCACAGCAGCGGCAGCACUAGAGGAGAGCGUCUCAGCGCCAAGAUGAGGUCACUUCCUGCUUCUAAUGAGCCCUACGAAGCCAGCGGCCCGAAAGAACUCGAUGCGUCCUACAUGGACCCACUGGGGCCUCAGGUGGAAAGACCAAAGACAGGUGCAAAGAAGCACAUGGAUGAUGAUGACUUUGCAGAUGAAGUGCUGGGAGACGACCUGCUUCCAGAGUAG